AUGGCAACUAAGGCCGUUGGGAAGAAGGCUGGGGGUCCCGCUCCCAAGCCGAAGAUAGAGAGGAAAUACUCAGAAGUGCAGCUCGGGGAAUACCUGAUUGGCUCUCAGGUGUGGAUAAGGGAUCCAGAGAGGGAGGAGCUGUAUGCUCUGGCUAAAGUGACUGCUAUCUCUGGCACAUCAUUAACCGUGGAAGUUGAAGGAGCGGGAACAAAAACUGUCGAGCAGAGUGAAUGUCUCAAUGCGAAUGUUGGCAUAACGGCAGAGACGUGUAAUGAUCUCUCCAAGAUUCCUCAUGCGAACGAGGCGGCGGCGUUGCAGAUCAUCAAGGAAAGAUACGUCAGAGAUAUGAUCUACACUUAUGCAGGACGCCUGUUGAUUGCAAUGAACCCGUUCAAGGCAAUUCCUGGCUUGUAUGAGCCAGGAACACUUACCCGAUACCAAAAUUGCGACACAUCCCGAGGAUUUCCAACGGAUGUUCCUCCUCACACUUACGCAUUGGCCCAGUGUGCAAUGGACUUAAUGCGUUUGACCAAAGAAAACCAGUCUUGUGUUGUUUCAGGAGAAUCAGGGGCAGGGAAAACCGAAACCGCAAGGCAGCUCAUGCAGUAUUUUGCCAGUGAUAAGUCUGGUGCUGGAGGCUCAACAGUUCAGGAUAUUAUUUUAGGUGCAAAUCCUGUGUUAGAAGCCGUAGGAAACGCAAAGACCUUACGGAACAACAACUCAUCGCGCUUCGGUCGAUUUGUGAAGCUGGAAGUCGCGCCGACGGGGGGUAUUCACGGCGGAUUAAUAAACAACUAUAUGUUGGAACUGUCACGUAUUGAGUUCCAGGGUCAGGGAGAGCGUAAUUAUCACAUAUUUUACCAAAUGAUAAAGGGUCUUUCGGCUGAUGAAAAGAAGCAGUGCGGCCUGAAGGGGCUUGAGGAGUAUGAGUUCCUGAAUAAAAGUGGUUGCUACGAAGUAGAAACUGUGAACGACCUCAAGGAAUUUGCCGACGUUAGGAAGCAGCUUGAACUUCUCUUCACAAAGGAAGAACAGCUCGCGUAUUUCCAAGUCUUAUCGGCAGUCCUAAUGUGCGGAAACAUCAAGUUUACGAAUGUACAGGCGAUGGGAACGGACAAAGCGGGGAAGUUACAAGACGAGACAGAUUUUGACCAAGUUGUUUCUCUACUGGGUGUUGACAAGGCGGCACUGCUUGAGGCCAUAACAGUAAAUGUUGUGGAAGUCCGAGGAAAUAUCAUUAAGAGCCCUCUUUCUGCAGAGCAGGCAUCGGUAAUGUGCCGCUCUAUGGCGAAGGAGGUUUACAGCGUUUUUUUCGAUUUUAUCGUCGAAUCUGUCAACGAUAAGAUCAAGUUUGACCACGAAAACAAAGUUUGGAUUGGAAUUUUGGAUAUCUACGGCUUUGAAUUUUUCCAGCUUAAUAGCUACGAACAGUUCCUAAUCAACUACGCAAAUGAGAGGCUCCAGCAGUUCUUCAUUCAGCAAGUAUUCCAGGCAGAGAAAGCUGAAUACGAAGCUGAAGGAAUUGACCACUCCAUGAUUGUGUAUUCGGACAACGCAUCUGUGCUAGAGGUUUUCGAUAAGCCCAAGGCUGGUAUCUUUGGUUUCUUGGAGGAACAGUGCCUAAUUCAAACUGGCUCAAGUGAAUCCUUCACCGCUGCAUGUCACAAAAGCAUAAAGAACCCCAACUACGAAAUUCCCAAGGGAGAUUCUAGGAUUACCUUUCGCAUCAUCCACACUGCUGCUCCUGUGCUCUACACGGCAACCGAGUUUGUUCCUAAGAACAAAAUGCGGCUUCCGAAUGAGCUUAUUGCUGUAUUUAAGGCAGCAACCAACUUGGCCAUGAAGAAGGCAUUUGUGAAUGUAGAAAUUCCAGAUUCAAAAAACAUGAAGGGCAAAUUUGUCGGAUCCAAGUUCCAGAAAUCGAUGAACAACCUAAUGAACACUUUAAAGUCAUCCCGGGCCCACUUUUGCAGGUGCAUAAAGCCCAAUCAGGUGAAGAAGCCCCAAGUAUUUGAAACGGAAAGCACUCUUGGGCAGCUCAUUAGUUUGUCAGUGUUGGAGGCUGUAGGGAUCAUCCACAGAGGCUUUGCCUACCGCGCCUCCUUCGCCGACUUUGUUAAUGACAACAGCAUUCUUCUGCGGGUCCUUGGGGCCAAAUUGGAAGGGGGAGACGAUAAGACUGCUACAACGACUAUGCUGGAGAGGCUAGGUGUUCCGAAGCAGGAGUAUCAGCUUGGUAGCUCAAAGGUGUUUCUACGCAAGGCCGGGUGGCUUGUCAUCGACCAGUAUUUCAGGACUGUUAUGGCCAAUCUUAAGCCGCUGAUUAUCAGGCUCCAGUCGAUUUACAGAGCGAGCAAAGCCCGGUCGCAGUAUGUGCAGUUCGCCUCUCGCGUCGUGAGAAUUCAGUCUCUCAUGAGGCGAUAUGACAUUCGCAAGACACAGUUCAAGAAUGCUAAUGAAGGUGGUUUACGCAGCAUAGGCAACAUGCAUGAAUGUUCGCUGUGCUUAUGGCCCCAGAUUACAUAUGCGGGAGUGACCGGUUUGCGAUGGAAACGGACUGCGCACCGUCGCAAGGAAGACCAUGCAGCGAGAGUGAUUCAGGGCCUCCUGAAAAUCGUGCGCGCAAAGCGCACCUUGGCGGAACUUAAGGAACAAAGGAGAAUCAACGCGUUUGCUACGAAGAUCCAGGCAGCAUGGAGGGGAUAUGUGUCUCGCUUAAGGCUUGCAUUGAUGAAGUAUUUGACACCGUAUGCAAUAGUGAUUCAGCGCCACUGGAAGGGUUAUCGCGUUCGGCACGGCGCAUUUUACGCGAAGCAUGCGAAAAUCCUCGAUAAAGUCAAUACUGGAAUCCGUGAGGACCAGGCUCGGCUUGUUAUCCAAAACGCUGCCAGGACCUUCUUGGUGCUCCAACGAUUGCAGCAUGUCACACAGGCUGCUUACACAAUGCAAAAAUUCCUGCUGCCUAAGCUGUUGCGACUCCAUGUCUCGCGCGCACAUGAAGCAAUCGUGCGAAUCCAAGCUUGGUGGCGAGGAAAUAGAGUGCGCCGCAUUCUACAGGAAGAAAAGCUUAAGUGUAUUUUGUCACGAGAAAAGGUCCUUGCAGACAGGAAGACACUUCGGGAGUGUGCAGUGGCCAUGGAACUGAUGAAUGUAAAGGAGCGCCUUGGCCUAUGCAGCAUUGGCCUGCAGCUCGUGCAUGUUACGGCGAGUAUUGAAGGGGCGGAGGUGUAUCCGACUGAGUGGGCUGAAGGCAUUCGGCGUUUGCUCGCUUUCAACGGCGAGGCUUCUCUUUCACACAUUGCCGUUGGCGCCUUCCAUACCGUGUUGGUAUCGGGUGCUGGCUUUGUGUAUUCAUACGGCUUGAACGAUCGGAUGCAGUUGGGGUGUCCUGAGGAGGGGGCGGGAGUGCCCCUCCCAAGGCACCCCAUUCGGGGCCUCAUGCAGCCCCUUCGCGUGCAGGAGGUUUUCUGCGGGGUUGAUCACUCUGUGCUCUUAACGGAGCAAGGCAGUGUGUUCGCCUGGGGUUCAAACAAAUAUGGACAGUGUGGAUGCGCUCCGCGAAAGGCUGUGGUGCCUCGGCCAACACGGCUGCGAUUCCAGCAUCCCCGAGAGCUCAAGGAGGGAGCCCGUAUAGAGACACUCAGCGUUGGCGGCUACCACAAUGCUGCUCUGGACGAAAUGGGGAGAAUCUACAUGUGGGGCCGAGGUGAUCAUAUUUUCAUUAAAGGAGUGAUCAGCGACGUCCCGCUGCCUCUUUGGAUUUCGCUGCCCGAGUUGUGUGAAGGCCCCCUGCCCAUAUCCGUCCACUGCGGCCUUGGAAUGACGUUUCUGAUCUUCAUGGAUGGUACGCUGAAAAGCUUUGGGCGAGCCCCUAACGGCCAACUGGGCCUUGGAAAGAAUUCUAGGAGUGAAAGGAUUCCCCAACGAGUCAGCAUUCCAGGUCAUGUCCAGCAAUUGAGCGUCGGUUCGAAUAUGACCGUCGCGCUCAAUACGUCGGGGGAAGUCUUCCAGUGGGGAACCUUCCUUCUUUGGGAUGAGGUGGAGGAGGUUUGCAUCAAGGCGCAGACCUUCGAACCCAUGCCAGUAGAUUUGAUUCGGGCAGGCCUAAGUGCCUCUGUGCUUAGCGUCGGGGUUGGUUGGUGGGAAGCCGUGGUACUGUCGGCAGACGGAAAACUCUGGGCAUGGAAUUUCUUUGAGCGCGCAAACAAAGAAACCAUCGCACCCGCGCUCUAUCAGUACGAGCUGGCUGAGAAGCGCACAGCCCGCAAGCUGCACGUCGUAUCCUCCCCGCUGCUGUGCGCCGUCCUAGCACAAUUCGCGUCUCCAAAGGAAGAGGCAGAGGCCCGCAAGGCCCUAGGGGCCCCUCCAAGAGUCAUGUGUAGCCGUAAGAACGACUAUCCUGACUUUGAGAAACAGGGUUUGAUUCGGGAAGAGUGA